CUCGCACCAAAAUCGCAACAGCCAAACCGGGCGUAAGGCAGCCUACCCACCCCAACCAAAUUUCGAGAUCUCAAAAUCCUCCUCUUUCAACUCUAUUUGCGAUCUGUGGAGAAUUCCUUCACAACUUCCCACGGCCGGGGCAAGGUAUCUUUGGCAUUGGAAGUCAGUACCUCCCCGCUUGCACCGCCAGCAGCCUCGUAUUUUGGGGAUCUCUGCCAUAGCACACCUUUUUUUCCCACCAACUUCACCGCCGCUAUGGAUUUUGUACCAGGACCAUUUGCCGUCUUCCGCCCCGACGUUGCGUUCAAGGAGAGAUGGGGGCUGUUGAAACCUUACCUGCACGGCUAUUACUACGAUGAGAAGCUCAAAUUGUCCCAAAUCAUCAAGAUUAUGAAGGAGCAGUACGGAUUUGACGCGAUUGAGCCACAGUACAAGUAUCAAUUCAAGACUUGGGGAUGGAAGAAGAAUGUCCCAGCAACGAAGAAGGCGGAGAUGUGCGAGAUUGGACGUACGAGAGCAUCUCUCGGCAAGUCGACAGUCAUGAAAUAUAAAGGCCAAGACCUGGAUCUGAACAAACUUCGUCGGUACGCCAAGAUGGCCUCCAGAAAGGAUGUUGUACUCCCAGCCAGCAGGAGUCAAGGAUUGUCCGAUGGAGGUUUCUUCAAUUCUCAGCAUCCGCUUGGAAAUACGAUAUUUCUUCGAUGGAACAUUCCCUACAGAGCAUUCUUUGGGCAGUGCCGGCUCCCCUCGAUCGACCACCCAUCACCUGCGAAAUCAGAUAUAUCCGUCGCCACUCCUCCAGAAGAUCUUGUAGUAUCUUCCAAAGGAAUCUCUUCUCUUUCGAAGACUCUCAACGAAAAGGUUUCCAUCGAUCGGGCUCACCUAUUCCUUGCAGGCAGGAUCAAUGAUCUUGUCAAGUCAAUGGACAGGAGGGAGAAAGAAUCAACUUUCACGUGGCUGAAUCAAUUCUGGCUUUUUGGCUUUCAGACUGCUAAAAAUUGGGGCCGGGGUCCUCGACACUGGACUGCUGACAAUCUUGGCUUCUAUCAACAUCGAGGAUCUGGAACGUUGUCACUGCCUAACACCCCAGGAUUGAAUGCGGGAUCUCCGAUGAUAUCAGAUCCUGGCGAAAAAGGAGCCAAAGUCGGCAUAAAACCGUCGCAAUUGUGUCGAUGGAGCAUACACGUCCCUGACGAAGAUUACGAGGAGGUUCCCUCGCCGCCAGGCGAUGACGAAUACGGUGAUGGUCAGAAUGAAAGUUCCUGGAAGGAAUGGCCACAAUCAUGGGUAAAUCAUCCAAUCGAGGAGAAGAUUGUGGACGCCUUGCAAACCAACAGUUUCAGCAGCCUUUCGGUGGACGAGAUACCGUUUUCUACUGCAAAAGUAGCCAGUGCCGCCAGCAAGUCGCCGAACGAGAUUCUGGUGGAAACUGUGGGUUUCAGUAUUAUUGCCGGCAAUAUUGACCUUCUCGAUACGCUACUCUCCGAGGCACGAAACAAAGCAGUGGAUUUAUCAUCACUGUACCCCUUCCAUCUGGCAAUCAGUUAUCUCCGCGGGUCAAAGACCUGUUGCAACCUUUUGGACCUUCUCCAUUCCGUACCUCUAACAAUUUGGCCAUCGAAAAGUUCUUACAACUCUCUUGGCCACACGACUAUUGACAACCUCAUGAUAACAAUCUUGAAAAGUCAUACGUCCACUACACCAGGGUUUGUCGACCAUGCAUUGGCAACAGAGAACCGCUUCUUGGGCGAGGAGGUCGAUAUCUGUGGGCGAUGGGAUGCUGAUUCAGAGUGCUACCGCGAGAUCUUGGGUUCCGGUGGACCAUCAGUCCCUUUUGAUUGGAAACACAAGUUCUGCCACACAUCUGCCCAGGCUAUCUGCCAUUGCCUGGAUUGCCUUCAUAACUAUUCGGCAAGGUCGCUCGAAACUCCAAGCGGACUUUUCCUUCGAUAUUGCUCGGAGUGCGGUCGGAAGCUACAACUCCUGCCUCUACAUACGCUUGUACUAACCGCUUUUCAACUGGGAAGGAGCGGAUGUCAGGGGGAAGACCUCUUCGGUGCGCUGGCAUGCUUGCUGUGCUUGAUCGACAAUGGCAUUGACCCUUGCCGUACUGCACAUUUCUCAACUGCGGCUCUUUUGGGUAUUGAGAGCAAUGAUCGAUGUUCUCAUGAAGACUUGUCUCCAAUCGACCUCGCCGAACAAGUGCCGGAAUCAAUGACAAAUACAUGGCCACUGCCGGCAAGAAAUGGAUGGCAACUAUUCUGCUUGGUCCUUCGGAAGUCUCACAACGAGCGCAGUCUACAAGAUCUAGAGGAUCGAGAACACGAGUAUGGUGGUCGUUUUACGUCCACGGCAUUCCGAGAGAUAGACGGAAUUGAUAAGUUAUUCUCGGACACAUGCCGCCGCCAUUGGGAAGACGACAUUCCAUCCUGUUUUGGUGGAAGCGCACAGCUCGGACAUAUUUGGGCAUGGGUGCAGGCCGAAUUUCUCUCUUACCGACGGCUUAAGGAGAAUGAUCCAUGGACUUCAGAAUACUUUGACAUGGAAGAAUUACUCAGAAGUUUGCAACUCGGAGACGGCAUAUCUCUUGGAUUUCUUGAGCAUGAUAUGUUGAAACCAUACUGUCGAUGCGGCAGGUUUACAUGGGAUACUCCGCACCGGGAGCAGACUGCCCAGUAUUAUUUUGGGAAUCUUGAUGACUACACAAGGUUGACAGCUAUUCCUCUCCCAGGACGACAGUGCCGACAGUUGGAAUGAAAUUCAAUUUCACGAAAUGUGUACCUGCGCGAGUGCGUACCGAAUUUGCAAAACCUUUUCUUCAGGAAAUGGCUGGUGGUUCGACUGGUCUCAUGUGAGACUAUGUUGUGAUUGUUUUGAUUUAAGCGAGAGCAAAGGCCCUGGGAAAGGGGGAAAGUCACGUGCAUUUUCACAUCUAUGGUUUUCAUUUACAUUGAGCUUUUGAUGCGGACCUGGGCUGUUCUAUUUCACGGGCUUCUUGAUUCUACUCAGUAGUUGCUCGAACAUUCUUGUCACAAAUACCGCGGCCUGGCUGAUGGAGUACUUCAUGCCAGGAUGAAGGCU